GAAAUACACAAGCUGACUCUUGUUCGCUCUUCCACAGAUGAGCAUUCAUCACAUCAGUGAGAGUACACCUGCUUCACUUUGCCAACAUUUUUCAACACUGUUACAUCUGAACCGUUACACAGUUGAAGAGAAAAGAUGUUUCUACAGUCUCCUUCACAUCACUGAUGACUGCAAUACAGGACUUUAUUGCCGGGUGCUGUGUGGAUUACAAUACCGCUCCAGAGGCCAAGAAUGGAUAUAAGCAAUAUGGGUCCGAUUCUUUUCUUCCUGAUUAUCUAUAUAAACUGUGUGUCAGGAAUGGAAGUCCCUAAGCCUGCAGACCUGAGGGUAGAUAUUGUGGAUGGGGAGGUAAUCGCAAUUUGGAAACAUCCUGUGGGCGCCCCUCCAAACUCCCACUACAAUGUACAAAUGGGAAAGUACAGUGGUGACUGGUAUGAGGUGACCAGCUGCAAAGAGACCACAAACACCAACUGUGACCUUACCGACCUUAUAGAUAACUAUGGCACUCGCUACAAGGUCAAAGUCCAGCUGGUCGAACAAGGUCACGUGUCUGCGUGGACAGUGAAAAAUUUUCUCCCAAAUACAAGUAAUUUGCGGCCUCCCUCCUUCACUUUGUGGGCUACAUCCAGCACUCUGACAGUUUAUGUUCACCAAAAAGCCAUUCUGAAAGAACUCUUUCCUUUUGGGGUCACCUACACCAUCUACCUGGAGGACAGAGGACAAGAUAAUAAGACUACCACAGCAUACGUGGAAGAUGAUGAGGAGGAGGAUCAGAGAAGUAAGACUUUCAAAUCUCUCCACUGGGGGAGAGAGUACUGUGUCAGCAUCAAGGUAGAGGGCAAUGGAGCCCUCUCUUCUAGCAGCAUGUCCCAUAAACAGUGUCUGCAACUACCAGAGCAAGAAUGGUUCAUCAUUGCUGUAUCAUCCCUAUCUAUUCUGGGUGUGCUGACCCUCUUUGCUUUCAUGGCAAGCAUCCUCCUAUGUUACCUGAGGCUUCCAGGGAAAACACCUACUGCAUUGAAAUCUCCUGUAAGUGGCUGGCUUCCGCUCUCGGUUGGAGAAGGGACUAUAGAGGUUGUUACAGACAAAGGAUGGUUCCUGUCCAGUAACAAAACAGAACUGAAGAGCUGUUUUAAAGUGCCAGUGACCCAUAUUACGGUAACAGAGGACAAUGAAGAGGAAGACAGGAGGACAAGCAUGGACAGUGGGGUCGGCAUGGAGUCCAACUCUGCUACAAAGAGUGGAGGAAGCCCCCCAGUAAGACAAGAGGACAGUGGCUGUGGGAGCUUGGGAGGCACAGAGAGCUCGACUAGCAGUCAGACAGAUUACCCCCUGCAGGAAGAGAGGACUGAUACUGACACAGUUAGGAAGAGGGAGGAUAGUGGGCUGGGCUGCCAGCUUCAUUCUUCUUCCAUGAAUCUGGAUGGACAGGACAGUGGAUCUCUAAAGCAGGCUGUUGUUGGGGGUAACUAUCGCACCCAGAGCCCCGCUGCUGUGCAGAUUAAUGUCUCUGAUGAUGAGGAGUUUAAACAGAUGCUCCCCAAUCCCGUUUUGGCCGAGGUGGUCACUGGCUACAGGGCUGGGCCUCAAUCGUGUAUCUGCUCAGGAGCAGGUCAGUGCACUUGGUGCCAUAAACAAGGCUUAUCUGGAACAGGAGCUAUCAAAGAAUACAGAUCUGUGUGUAUUGACAAUAGACUAUUGAGUGGCAAAUGGGACUUUGUGGACUCCUACAAAGGUGUGCUUACAUUUCCAAGUUAUUCCAAAACAACACAAAUGGACAUGAUGGAUGACUUAGAAACAACUUUGAUACAACUGGGGGACACAUUCCCUCUACUAACAGGUUUAACACCACUGCCCCUAGUGGAGGGAGAACAGGACUUCAAUAUGAACAAUGUGUCACUCUCUCUCUGUGAUGUACAGCUGACAACUGACUGAAUGCUAUUUUUUGAAUCAUGCUGACGUAACCCUGACCGUAAUCUCAGACGAGAGCUAUAUUGAAAGAAUACAGUCCUUUCUCCCAUAAAACACUGCUGGAAACAUGCAACAGAAGCACAAGUUAGUAUUUGGGGAGUAGAAAUGCUCUGAAAGGGGGAAACUGUAGGGGAAAAGAGAGCAAGCAACAGGUUGUUAUUGAACAUAGGAAGGAAAUAGAGGUUAGACCACACAGCUGCUGAAUGAUAGCUGUUGGUCGAAGUCUCAGGAGGUUCUACAGCGGGAGAAUAUAAAGCCAAAGACCAUAUUCAACCCUGCCUCACUGGGUGUACUUUUAACUUACUAAAAUGCAGUAAGCCGGAAGUGAAACUGGUGUGGGGAGCAAUGCGUAGAAACGGUUUGACAGUUACGUGCUUUUGGACAUUUUGUCAUUUUUCCAUGCCUCUCAUCUUUGCUAACAAUGGUACCCCAUGUCAGUAAUUCACCUGUAAAGUUUCUGAAAAGUUUUUAUUUUUGUGAUAUUCUGAUAUUAAGUGGUGUCAAACAAAGGCAGAAUUAAGGAACAAAUAUUUCUAGUCUUAUUUUCAAUGAUAUUUGGUUACAGAUUCUUUUUAAUGUUCUCGUUGCGAGUGACAUGGCCUAUGUUUAAAAUAUUUAUAAAAUACUAAGAAAUAAAAACUAUUUAUUGUGUACUACUGUGAAUAAGUGACUGCUCAUGCUACAUGUGAUUAAAAUAAA